UUUAUUAUUAUUAUUAUUUUCUGACUCCAUCUCGGCGAGGAAGGAUGUCCGGCAGAGGAGAAGGGGGCUGAGAGCCUGGAGGAGAUGAUUGUGCUGAAUGGGGGCUAAAUGAUGCUUUUGCCAGGCCGCCCUCCAGAAGCGACCAUGGACACCCUCCUCUGCGGCCUCCUGCUGAUGGGCACGGCGCUUGGGGUGGAUGCCUGCCCCAAAUACUGUGUCUGCCAGAACCUGUCCGAGUCCCUGGGCACCCUGUGCCCGGCCAAGGGUCUGCUCUUCGUCCCAGCGGACAUCGACCGGCGCACAGUCGAGUUGCGCCUAGGCGGCAACUUCAUCGUCCACGUCAGCCGCGGGGACUUUGCCAACAUGACGGGCUUAGUGGACCUGACGCUGUCCCGGAACACCAUCGGUUCCAUCCAGCCCUUCUCCUUCCUGGACCUAGAGAGCCUCCGCUCCCUGCACCUGGACAGCAACCGCCUGCCGGCCAUUGGCGAGGACAUCCUCCGGGGCCUGGUCAACCUGCAGCACCUGAUCGUCAACAACAACCAGCUGAGCCGCAUCUCGGACGAGGCCUUCGAGGACUUCCUGCUGACGCUGGAAGACCUGGACCUGUCCUAUAACAACCUGCGCGGAGCACCCUGGGCCUCCAUCCGCCGUAUGGUCAACCUGCACCAGAUCAGCCUGGACCACAACCUGAUCGACCACAUCGCCGAAGGCACCUUCGCCGACCUGCAGAAGCUGGCCCGGCUGGACCUGACCUCCAACCGGCUGCGCAAGCUCCCUCCGGACCCCAUCUUCGCCCGCUCCCAGGCCUCGGUCGCCCCGGCGCCCACCCCCUUCUCCCCACCCCUGAGCCUCAGCUUCGGGGGGAACCCGCUGCACUGCAACUGCGAACUGCUCUGGCUGAGGCGGCUGGACCGCGAGGAUGACAUGGAGACCUGCGCCUCUCCAGCAGGCCUCAAAGGCCGCUAUUUCUGGCACGUGCGGGAGGAGGAGUUUGUCUGCGAGCCACCCCUCAUCACCCAGCACACCCACAAGCUCCUGGUGCUCGAGGGCCAGACUGCCUCCCUCCGCUGCAAGGCUUUGGGCGACCCCGACCCCCUCAUCCACUGGGUGGCCCCCGAUGACCGCCUGGUGGCCAACUCCUCCAGGACGGCGGUCCACGACAACGGCACGCUGGACAUCCUUGUGGCCACCUCGCAGGACAACGGACCCUUCACCUGCAUCGCCGCCAAUGCUGCGGGGGAGGCCACCGCGGCCGUGGAGUUGACCGUGGUCCAGCUGCCGCACCUGAGCAACGGCACUGGAAGGGCGGCCCCGCCCAGGUCCCGCCUGUCCGACAUCACUGGCUCCAGCAAGUCUGGGCGGGCGGGCGGGGGCGUCGAGCCCGCCCGAGGACCACCCGACAGGGCCGUGCAGGUCUCCGAGGUGACCGCCACCUCGGCCCUUGUCCGCUGGUCCGUGAGCAAGUCAGCCCCACGUGUCAAGAUGUACCAGCUGCAGUACAACUGCUCUGAUGACGAGGUGCUCGUCUACAGGAUGAUCCCGGCUUCCAACAAAGCCUUCGUGGUGAACAACCUGGUGUCCGGGACAAGCUACGACCUCUGCGUCCUGGCCAUGUGGGAGGACACGGCCACCACCCUGACGGCCACCAACGUCGUGGGCUGUGCCCAGUUCUCCACCACUGCGGACUCCACCCGGUGCCAGUCUCUGCGCGGUCAGUUCCUGGGGGGCACCAUGGUCCUGGUGGUCGGGGGCAUUGUCGUGGCCACCCUGCUGGUCUUCAUCGUCAUCCUCCUGGUGCGCUACAAGGUGUUCGGCCACACUCAGAACAAGAUGGCCAGCGUCAGCAACGUCCACUCCCAGACCAACGGGGCCCCUGUGUCCGUGCAGAAUGGGGGGCCCCCGCUGGUCGACCCCAAGGUCGGGGGGAGGGAUGACCUGAUGGAGCUGAACCGCAGGGGCUCCAUCCACGGCCGCGUCUCUCCCUUUUCAUCGUCCUCCUCCUCCUCAUCGUCCAGCUCCUCGGAUGGGCAGGCCAGGGCCAGGCUGAGCCCACACAGCGAGCCAGGCACGCUGGCCAGCAAGUGGCGACCGGCCUCCCGGUCCAGACACAACCUCGACCGCUUGAUGGGGGCCUUCGCCUCACUGGACCUGAAGGGCCAGAAGAGGGAGGAGCUGUCAAGCUCCAGGACUCCGUCCGGGCCGGGGCCAGCAGCAGGAAGACACUCAGACAGAGAGCCGCUGCUGGGGGCCCAGGACUCCGGGGCCCGUGGUCUCCUUACUCUCCCCCUCGAGGGGAAGACUAAGCGCAGCCACUCUUUUGACAUGGGGGACUUUUCCACGGCACAGAGCUGCAGCUACCCCAGAAAGAUCACUCGCAUUUGGACAAAGCGCAGCCUCUCAGUAAAUGGCAUGCUUUUGCCAUUUGAGGACGCGGACCAGUCGGGGGCCAAAGUGACUUAUGGCAGCUCAGAAUGGGUGAUGGAAAGCACAGUAUAAACCCAAGGGUCUCCUCUUCCCUUCCUCCUCCACCCACUCACAAGCCAGAGGGGAAGGGAGUGGUCCAGGCACACGGAGAGAUCUAGAUUUGCGACCUUGGGGACAGCUGGAAUCUGAACUUGUGGAGGCCGAGGCUAGUUCUGGUCACCCAGAGAUGGAUGGUCGAACAUCACAGGGUGGUGUCCUUUGUGGCGGUUUGGGUUUAGAGGCCCGUCCUUUUCGUUUUGGUGACCUGAUCUAGCUUGGGUUCAGGUGACCUUGGCUGAGAUCAUCCGAAGUUGAGGUCAUGGGGACAUGGAGUGGAGCCCUUGCUCUUCCACCCAAAUUCAGCUCUGAGGGGGUCUCGGGAUUGGGGCGUGGAACCUGAAUACUAAGUGGAUGAGCUAGCUUAUGUCACAGGGACACAGUUAGGAAGGUGUUGUGGGUGUGGUGGGGAAUUGGGUGGUUUGAGCCCAGUUAAAAUUGCUGCUCCCAAGGUCUACUCUUCACCCCCCAAGCCCCUUCAUCAAUAAUAACCCCCAAUUGAACCAAGUAUGAAAGACAGCUGGCAGCCGGGCAUUCACAAAAGCUCUGAAGGCGGCGGGGGAGUAGUAUUUCUCCUUGUUUCUUUUUGUUUGGGGGCUUUGAUUUCUCUUUCCACUGCUAGCAGAGCUGAGCGCUCCGCUGGUCACACAGCGAGUGGAAGGAAAUCCCUGGCUGUCAAUCUGAUGGUGCUUUGGGUGACGAGAGAGAGAGUCCUCUUCUGACACCGAAUCUCCAUGAUGCCAGGGCCCCAGGAGGCUUGGGUUGGGGGUUUGCAGGGGGUGGAGGAAGAGGCUUGGUCUUUUUUCUAAUUCCACUUCACCACCUGCCCAGGGCCGGGCCAGAGAUAUUUGCCGCCUGAGGAACCCCAAAGACCCAGCAUGGACUGGAUCUCUUUGUGCAAUAAAACCCAGGGGCUGCUGGGAAGUGAUCUUCUGGGAGUGUGGGUGUGCUUAGCAGGAAACAGGAGGGUCCUGGGGCUGGGGGGAGGGAGAAGGGGGAGAUAUGCUUUGUUUCUGCUCAUGAAACAUUUCCAUGUAUGGAAAGAGAAAAAGGCUUAGGGAGGGGUGGGACUCCCAGAGAAAGCUCUUCAGGUAAAAACAAUACAGACAUCGGCUCUGUCGUUCUCUCUGUCUCGCGAUCUCUGUCUCGUCAUGACUCCCUGUCUCUGCGUGUGUCGUCCCCUGACUCUGUCGCUCCCUCAUUUCCCCCCACCUCUCCUCUGUCUUGAAUGAAGAAAAGGGGCUGGAGAGUUUAGUUUUGUUAAAGUCGAUGGAACAGCUCUUUCCCAGACUAGGAAUGAUUCCAGAAAUGCUGGUCAUGGGGUCACCCCUGGGGUGGAUUGGGGGUUGGGGCAUCCAGACUGGAUUUAAACAGAAGCCUCUUGGCAAACCGUCCUCUCCUACUUCACCCUUCUCCCUCAUGCCACCCCUCUGCCCAUUACUGCCAGGCCCAGCUCAGUCGGUGAUUAUGUAUUGAGAGUCCACUAUGUGCAGAGCACUGUUCUGACCACUUGACAGAGUACGAUAUGACUUGUAAACUGAAUUUAGGCUUGUUCUCAGCAUCCGUCUAUCCGGAAAAAAAGGGAUGAGGCCUUUCUGUAGAGCUGCCUCACCUCAGUUUGAGCCAUUGAGGAUUUCACUGGGGUGACUGAUGGGUUGUUCUUUGUUCUUUCCUCUCUUUCCUCCCUCUUUCCCUCCCUCUUUCCAUCCCUCUGCCCUCUCUUCCACAAUCUGGCUGAGAAGGAAGCAGCCCUGGGUGACGCUGUUCUUUCUAUUUUAUUUUUUUUGGGGGGUUGGGUCCAGAGAGAAUGGAAGGCGCCGGGGAAAGAGCCAGACUCGAUGUUUAUUCUUUUGAACGGCUCAAAGAUGUAUUGUGGCUCAGCUGUGUACUUGCUCUUGUGUUUACCAUGUUUCCUCCUUGGAGUUUUAGAAAAUGACAUCCCUGUGGUCAGAAUAUGAUUAUCAUUCUUUUCUUUU